CUCGGGCACUCCAGUAUGAGACGUAGGUGUCCCAAGCUGCACUGGAGCGCCGGCCCCAGGACUGUUGACUUCGAGGAUCCUGUCGGGGCUGGAGCAGGCGCCCCUAGAUCUCCCUGCAGAGCACCGUGCAUCCCUGGACUGUGCAGGGGCUGCAGCACCCUGGUUCUGCAUGGAAAUGUGCUGGCCAAAGCCCUCUACGACAACGUGGCUGAGUCCCCGGAUGAGCUCUCCUUCCGCAAGGGUGACAUCAUGACGGUGCUGGAGCGGGACACACAGGGGCUGGAUGGCUGGUGGCUCUGCUCGCUGCAUGGGCGCCAAGGCAUCGUGCCUGGGAACCGCCUCAAGAUCCUGGUGGGCAUGUACGACAAGAAACCAGCCGGGCCUGGGCCUGGCCCACCUGCCACCCCACCCCAGCCCCAGCCCCAGCCUGGCCUCCCGCAGGGUGUCCACACCACAGUGCCCCCAACCUCCCAGUACACCCCCAUGCUCCCUGCCACGUACCAGCCUCAGCCCGACAGUGUCUACCUGGUGCCCACUCCCAGCAAGGCUCAGCAAAGCCUCUACCAAGCCCCUGGGCCCAGCCCGCAGUUCCAGUCACCCCCAGCCAAGCAGACGUCCGCGUUCUCAAAGCAGGCAUCCCAUCACCCGUUUCCCAGCCCAGCCGCUGACCUCUACCAGGUGCCGCCAGGGCCAGGAAGUCCCGCUCAGGACAUUUACCAGGUGCCACCUUCCGCCGGGAUGGGCCAUGACAUCUACCAGGUCCCCCCAUCCAUGGACUCCCGCACCUGGGAGGGGACGAAGCCACCAGCAAAGGUGGUGGUGCCCACCCGCGCCGGGCAGGGCUACGUGUACGAGGCCUCACAGCCGGAGCAGGACGAGUAUGACAUCCCGCGCCACCUGCUGGCUCCUGGGCCCCAGGACAUCUACGAUGUGCCUCCUGUCCGGGGGCUGCUUCCCAACCAGUAUGGCCAGGAGGUAUAUGACACCCCUCCGAUGGCCGUCAAGGGUCCGAAUGGCCGAGACCCGUUGCUGGACGUGUACGAUGUGCCUCCCAGUGUGGAGAAAGGCCUGCCACCUUCCAGCCACCACGCGGUGUACGACGUUCCUCCCUCGGUGAGUAAGGACAUGCCUGCCGGCCCGCUGCUCCGUGAAGAGACCUACGAUGUGCCACCUGCCUUUGCCAAGGCCAAGCCCUUUGACCCAGCCCGCCAUCCACUGGUCCUCGCCGCGCCGCCUCCAGACUCCCCACCCCCCGAGGACGUGUAUGACGUGCCGCCCCCAGCUCCUGACCUCUACGACGUGCCCCCUGGCUUGCGGCGGCCGGGCCCUGGGACACUGUACGACCUGCCCCGCGAGCGGGCACCUCCCGAGGUGGCCGAGGGCAGCGUGGCUGACAAUGGGGUGUACGCCGUGCCCCCCCCAGCUGAGCGAGAAGCCCCGGCGGAUGCCAAGCGCCUGUCGGCCUCCAGCACGGGCAGCACACGCAGCAGCCAGUCGGCUUCCUCUCUGGAGGCAGCGGUGCCAGGCCGGGAACCCCUGGAGCUAGAAGUUGCCGUGGAGGCCCUGGCUCGGCUGCAGCACAGUGUGAGCGCCACUGUGGGCCACCUCCUGGACCUAGCGGGUAGUGCUGUUGGGGCUGGGGGCUGGCGCAGCACCCCGGAGCCCCAGGAGCCGCCAGUGCAGGACCUGCGGGCUGCGGUGGCCGCCGUCCAGGGGGCUGUGCAUGAGCUGCUGGAGUUUGCCCGCAGCGCCGUGGGCAACGCCGCCCACACUUCUGACCGCACCCUGCAUGCCAAGCUCAGCCGACAACUGCAAAAGAUGGACGAUGUGUACCAGACGCUGGUGGCGCACGGUCAGGCCCUCGACAGCAGCCGGGGAGGCCUGGGCGCCACCCCCGAAGACCUGGACCGGCUGGUGGCCUGCUCCCGGGCUGUGCCCGAGGACGCUAAGCAGCUGGCUUCCUUCUUACAUGGCAACGCCUCAUUGCUCUUCAGACGGACCAAGGCCCCCGCCCCAGGGCCCGAUGGGGGUGGCCCCCUGCACCCCAACCACACUGACAAGGCCAGCAGCAUUCAGUCGCGGCCUCUGCCCUCCCCGCCCAAGUUCACGUCCCAGGACUCACCAGAUGGGCAGUACGAGAACAGUGAGGGGGGCUGGAUGGAGGAUUAUGACUACGUUCACCUGCAGGGCAAGGAGGAGUUUGAGAAGACGCAGAAGGAGCUUCUGGAAAGGGGCAGCAUCGUGCGGCAGGGGAAGGGCCAGCUGGAGCCCCAGCAGCUGAAGCAGUUUGAGCGACUGGAGCAGGAGGUGUCGCGGCCCAUCGACCACGACCUGAGCAGCUGGACGCCAGCACAGCCCCUGGCGCCAGGGCGCACGGGCGGCCUCGGGCCCUCAGACCGACAGCUGCUGCUCUUCUACCUGGAGCAGUGCGAGGCCAACCUGACCACUCUGACCAACGCCGUGGACGCGUUCUUCACUGCCGUGGCCACCAACCAGCCACCCAAGAUCUUUGUGGCCCACAGCAAGUUCGUCAUCCUCAGCGCCCACAAGCUGGUGUUCAUAGGGGACACGCUGUCACGGCAGGCCAAGGCCGCCGACGUGCGCAGCCAGGUGACCCACUACAGCAACCUGCUCUGCGACCUCCUGCGCGGCAUCGUGGCCACCACGAAGGCCGCCGCCCUGCAGUACCCGUCCCCCUCCGCUGCCCAGGACAUGGUAGACAGGGUCAAGGAGCUGGGCCACAGCACCCAGCAGUUCCGCCGGGUCCUGGGCCAGCUGGCGGCUGCCUGAGACCAGUGGAUGGGGGCGGGGGCAGUGGGCCGGGGCAGCAGGUGCUCGCCUUGAAGGGCACGCGGCAGGCAUGGGGACAGGCCUCCCCACUCUGCCUCGGCCCAGCAGCCCUGACUGUCCAGGGUGUGUUUGUAUUUAUGACAGGGCAGGCCGUGGACGGCACUGCCUCAGGAGUGGAGCCCAGGGCAGCCGGGGGGCCGCCCCAAGGCUGGAUCCCACUGCGUGCGGGGACCCUGCCCCGACAGGGCUGGUGCAGCCGUGCCGGGCUCUCCACACCAGGGGAAGACCCUAAGCAAUUAUUUUUCGUUAUUGAUUUUCCAAUCAUUUGACUAAUAAUCUACAUUUAAAUAAAAAUGUAAAAAUGA